AUGGCAAGAACCAAGAAGUCACUGAGCAAGAAGGGAAGAAAGCUUCCAAAAUCCAAACAUCAACCAAAAAUUUUAGCCAUUGAGGAGCUUUCUGAACAAAAUUUGAUCACCAAUAGGAUUGAGGCUGCUAAUGAUGAAAAUGAUAGCCAUGAAAGUUAUGAUGAUAAGACUUUAUCCAUUGAUGAUUAUGAAUUCAAGCCUAAAAUGAACCAGGUUGAAGUCCCUGCUAAUUUACCUUUAGUUGAAUGCAAAGGAAAGACUAAUGGGAAGAAAAAGGUAGCACCCAGAUCAAGUGAACAAUUCAAAAUUGGUCCUAAGUUCAAUGAUACUGAAGUCCAUAGAAAGAUUUAUCUUUCAGGCACCAAUGAACAUGUUAUUCCUGUUUUAGACGUGAGAAUUGAUAGAGGAUUCGAUUUCAUUGAAGAUGAGUGGAUUGGGUACAAGAGAAAUUAUUUCACAUUAGUUUCAGCAUUUCAAUUUUUAGGGAAAGACAACAGUUUAGUCUUCAAUGAAAAAUUUCAUGUAGUAGACAAUUCUGGCAAUGAAUUGAAUCUCAGAUGCUUUGCCUUGAGAUUGGUAUCCAAUUGUUGUGAAGAAAAUAUCAGGGUAAAUUUGAUUCAACAUACGGCAAAAAGAGAUAGAGGACCUCAAUAUCUGCCACCAGUCUACCCUGCUAUCCCUGGAGUUUUACCCCACCAUAACAUAAUCAAGCAAUCAGCCAAUAUCAGAAACGGAAGUAAAAUUGAUCAAUUCAAUAAAUUGUUUUCAAUUAGUUCUGAAGAUGCAAAAAGUAAAAGUAGGAAAGAUUCUAUCAUCCAAACAUACCCCGAGGAUAAAGUUACCACCGUUGCAAGAUAUGAAAGAAUGCAAUUUUCGACAUCUAUCAAUUAUAGAAAACCUGCCCUUACCAACAGACAUUUCGUCUUGAGGGUUGAGCUUUUGGGAGUCUUAGAUGACGGCAGGUAUACUAUUUUGGCCACGAUGGAAAGCCCACCUUUGAUUGUCAGGGGAAGGUCUCCAUCCAAUUAUCAAAUUGCCAAAGCCAAUUACAAAUCUCUCAUGAAAAGAAGAGCUAAUGGUGAAGAGGAGAACGAAAAGACUUACGAAUUAUUGAGGAAUGAUUAUGAAUCAUUCACCGACCUGCAAAAGUCUCGAAUGCUCCACAAUAGACCCAACCCCGAUCUUAUAAGUUUCAAUGAACAUCAGAUCAUUACUGCUCCUAAGAAGAUCAAAAAAAUGGAACAAGUCAACGAAAAGUAUUUCAAUUUUGGUAUGAAUAGAAACAUUGAGAUACAUGAAGAUAGCAACCGUUUACCCCAAUCUUCUUCUACAGAUACAAAUUUGGAUCAUGAAUAUUCAUACCAUAAUACCAAUUUAUUCAGGGAAUCGACCAACAUGGCUACACCAUAUGUUCCACCAUCUACCAAUUAUUACAUCAAUAAUAAUGUUCCAUUUGAUCCAAGUUUAGAAUACAGGGGAUUCAAAUCUGUUAAGAAACAUAAACAUAAACACAGGUCCAAGAAACAUCGUCACAGGUCUCAUCGUCAUGAUGAACAUAGACUGAGAAGGAAACACAGAAAUCAUAAAGAUGAGGGAAGACCUGUCAGUGGAGUUGAAAAAGAUCAUGAUUCCAGUUUUAACGAAUUUAAAGAUGAAAUGGAUAGAUUGCAAAGAAAAUUGUGA